AUGAGCAUCCUGACUUCUCUGACGGAACAACAGUCAAUCGUGAAAGAAGAUCUUCUCAGCCAACCGCGAUUCAUACAACGUCUUCAACACUACACCCCACAUGUUAAACGCAUUGGGACCAUACUCCAUGACUCUGCCAAAGAUUUUGAUUAUAGCGCGCUGCAUUGGCUAUACGCCAACCCAGCAAUGCCGCGACCGUUAUUCCCAAAUGCAGUCGACGUAACUCUGCCCUGCUUUUCUCGCUACCCAUUCGAAGCCGUCUUUUAUCCUGCUCUUGUCCUCGGACCAUCCGUUCGAAUGGUCAUGAUUUUGGCCAACGGAAUCAACUGGGAUGGUGGACGCAUCGCUGAGGACCUCGACAACCCGCGUUGGAAGGCCAUAUCAGGCAGAUUACAACCUUUCGCCCACAACAUUAAUUGUUUCUCAAUUUGUUCAAAUGCUCGCGGCGGCGUCUGCCUUCCUUCGAUCGACAGCCUUCUCCGCCAUUGCACCACGUCCUUGACGUCACUCACUAUCCGCAACAUAGUUCUCGAGCCCGAUUCACUCCGCGUUCUCAGCCAGCUUGGUCACAUAGAGGCAUUGGAAGUGGCGGUGGACGAAAACCUGGACCCGACCUACUUCUCAAAUGGCCUCCCCUUCCCGAAGCUGACAUUUCUAAGCCUUGUGGCCUUAUCCAUAGAUGGCUUGAUCGACUUUCUCCGAAAUAUUCGUACCCCUGCACUCGAAGCAUUCGAAUUCGAGGUCCAUGGCUCAUUGUCUUGGAGGUACAUUGAGUUGGAGGACAUAUUUUCGGCCCUCGUCAGCGACUGCACACCACCCAAACUCUCCUCCAUCAAUGCUCUCGUUCUUGAAGGGAACUCAGGUUGUUUCCCAAUCAGGGACACCACAUUUUAUCCUCUCCUGGCUUGCCGUAAUAUGGAGACAGUGUGCAUUGACAAAUGCAUUCAACCGGACAUUAAGGACGCUGCUCUCGCCGACGUCUUCUCCGCCUGGCCCAACUUAUCGGAAUUUAGUCUUCGUCCAUUUGAAGAUGAUGACGAUAUUUAUUGGGGCCCUCUCACAUUAGCAGGGGUUCAUACUGCACUCAAACACUGUCCAAACCUCGACAUCCUCACCCUCCCCUGCGACACGCGCCGUCUUCCUUCCCUCGACAACGAUCCCAACUCGACGUCACUGACGCCUCACCGUUCUCUGCGCUCGUGGGCAUUGUGGAACUCGGCAAUCGCGUCUGGCGAACAGGUCGGACGGUUUCUGCAUAAAUUCUAUCCUGCUCUUCUUGCCGACGACAUUUUCACAUUUCCCUUUUUCCGAUCCAAGUUGAGACAGGGUCGACUUGAUGUAGCCCCUCAUGACGACGAUGUGGAGGCUGCAGCUAUGGUUGACCAGUGGACUGAUGUGGUACAUACCCUGAACGACCUUCGUGGUUGCGAUACAUUGCAUCCUCCCGCUUUCGCAGACUUCAAUGCUCCGCCGUUCGUCACAGAUGGGCUCAGCAAUCCUCUUGCAUUGAGACACACCGAGAACAGGACACUAUCAAUGCCUCGCCACCCGUUCCCUGUCCUCGUGGGGUUUGUGGAAUUCACUGGGGCAAUCUACACAUUCCCCACCUUCAGAUCCAAGCUGAGACAGAAUCGAGCAGCACCUGUUGAGCCCGAAGACGUUAUGGCCACCGUUAUGGUUGAUUUGUGGAACAAUGUCAUCGAUAUCCUGAAUGACUGUAGUGGUCGAGUUAUGGAUUGUUUUCAUUGGGUCUACUUCUCGAUGUCCUUGCGGGCGGAUGAAAUCAACGACUCACAUCUGUUUAGCCCCUAA